AGAAAUCAUGUUCGCCUUAGUCUGCCCUGGCUAUUGGUGUGCAGUGUGCGGAGGCGGCUGUGCUGGUACUGAUAAGGCCCAUAGGCAAAGAGGCUGCAGCAGGAGACUAAACCGUAACACACUCAGACGCCAGCCCCGGGCCAGAGUCCAAUGCUCUCCGAGGGGACCCUCCACUCAGCUGUCAGAGCACCCAGGAGCCCCAUGGUGCUUGUCAGUCAAUGGUAGAUGCAGCUGUGUUCCAGAGCAUUGCCCCGUGUUCUCAGGAGCUCCCUCAGAUGAUGGCAGCAGCAGCCGAUGGUUUGGGGAGUAUAGCCCUAGAUACUACCCAGCUCAACAUGUCCGUCACCGAUCCCACAGCCUGGGCCACAGCUAUGAAUAACUUGGGCAUGGUUCCCGUGGGGUUGCCUGGCCAGCAGCUCGUGUCUGACUCCAUCUGUGUGCCGGGCUUUGAUCCAGGCCUCAAUAUGAUGACUGGAAUCACCCCCAUUAACCCGAUGAUACCAGGCCUGGGGCUGGUACCACCCCCACCCCCAACAGAAGUGGCUGUUGUCAAAGAAAUAAUCCACUGCAAGAGCUGUACUCUGUUCCCCCAAAAUCCAAAUCUUCCACCUCCUUCCACAAGAGAACGACCUCCAGGGUGUAAGACUGUGUUUGUCGGAGGAUUACCGGAAAACGCUACUGAAGAAAUUAUUCAAGAGGUCUUUGAGCAGUGCGGAGAUAUUACAGCCAUCAGAAAGAGCAAGAAGAAUUUUUGUCACAUUCGCUUUGCAGAGGAAUUCAUGGUUGAUAAAGCCAUUUAUCUUUCUGGUUACCGGAUGCGAUUAGGGUCUAGCACGGAUAAAAAGGAUUCUGGCCGCCUUCACGUCGACUUUGCCCAGGCCAGGGAUGACUUUUACGAGUGGGAAUGCAAGCAGAGGAUGCGGGCCAGGGAGGAGCGGCAUAGACGCAAGCUGGAGGAAGACAGGCUGCGGCCGCCCUCGCCACCCGCCAUCAUGCACUACUCAGAGCACGAAGCUGCCCUGCUGGCAGAGAAGCUGAAAGACGACAGCAAGUUCUCAGAGGCCAUAACCGUGCUGCUGUCUUGGAUAGAACGUGGGGAGGUGAAUCGGCGUUCUGCAAACCAGUUCUACUCCAUGGUCCAGUCGGCUAAUAGCCACGUGCGCAGGCUCAUGAAUGAAAAAGCCACCCAUGAACAGGAAAUGGAGGAAGCCAAGGAGAAUUUUAAAAAUGCCUUAACGGGGAUCCUCACUCAAUUUGAGCAGAUUGUGGCCGUUUUCAACGCUUCUACCAGACAAAAAGCUUGGGACCAUUUCUCGAAAGCUCAGCGCAAGAACAUAGACAUUUGGCGAAAGCAUUCUGAGGAACUCCGCAACGCUCAGAGUGAGCAGCUCAUGGGCAUCCGCCGUGAGGAGGAAAUGGAAAUGUCUGAUGAUGAGAACUGUGACAGCCCAACUAAAAAAAUGAGAGUCGAUGAAUCAGUAGACCGGGGACACAUCUUGGAGAUCAGAGCUUCAGAAGGAGAGUCUCUGCCACCUCUUCUCUCACUGGAGGCCCAGACAAAGGCAGCAGCCCUGGCUGCUCAGGCCUAUGCCCUCAAAGAGGAGAAUGACAGCCUCCGGUGGCAACUGGAUGCCUACAGAAAUGAGGUGGAGCUGCUGAAGCAAGAGAAAGAACAGCUCUUCCGAACAGAAGAAAACCUCACCAAGGACCAGCAGCUGCAGUUCCUACAGCAAACCAUGCAAGGCAUGCAGCAGCAAUUGCUGGCCAUCCAGGAGGAGCUGAACAACAAGAAGUCUGAAUUGGAGCAAGCAAAAGAGGAGCAGUCUCACACACAAGCAUUGCUAAAAGUCCUCCAAGAACAAUUAAAAGGCACCAAGGACUUGGUGGAGACGAAUGGCCACAGCCACGAGGAUGCAAAUGAAAUCAAUGUGCUAACAGUUGCAUUGGUUAACCAAGACCGGGAGAACAAUAGUGAAAAAAGAAUCCAAGGCUUAAAAUCUGAGAAGGAGGCCCUGCUAAUAGGGAUCAUAUCAACGUUUCUUCAUGUCCACCCUUUCGGAGCCAAUAUAGAGUACCUGUGGUCAUACAUGCAGCAGCUGGACUCUAAGAUAUCUGCCAAUGAAAUUGAGAUGCUUCUGAUGAGGCUGCCUCGAAUGUUCAAACAGGAAUUCACUGGUGUGGGAGCAACAUUGGAAAAGAGAUGGAAGUUGUGUGCCUUCGAAGGAAUAAAAACGACCUAACUGAUGGCCAGGAAAGCUGGAAACAAAGCUGUCCGAAGCCGGCCAGGGCUGUACAGUGGAGGAGUAGGAGGGUUGGGGUCGGCCAGCGGGGGACCUGUGUGGAGCCACCAAAGCCUUGUUCAGUGACAUCUGUGGCGUUUUCUUGUGAGUGGAAAUGUAAUUGUGUACCAGUUCUUUAAACUAGACGAAGCCUCAUACUUUACUAUGACAGACCUGUCCCUACGAAUACCAAGCAAUGAUUCCACAGUCACACAAAAUCCAAAACAGGCAUUGUUGCAGAACAGCGCACGACGGAGCAAAUGCUUAAAGUUAAUGGCGGUGUAGCAAUGGUGGUUGCUAGGCUACAGAGUUGUAUAUGUAAUGUAUAGCUGAAAACAUUAAAUUACAUUUUCCUGAAGGUCUUUCUGUUAAUAAAACAACAAAACAAAAAAAGUGAUUUUACAGUGGGGAAAAAAAAUCAUACCAAAAGAAAACUUGAAUAUGUGUCUGAACAGUUAUUGUAUUUUGUAAAUUAAGUUAUAUGCUGUUCCAGGGACUUUUGCCUUAUUGAAGAGGCAGAAAACUAUGAUUGGACUCCUUGAGAAUGCUUUAUCAAGGAUAUUAUUUUUCUAAUGUAACAGUUCUCCAUCGUGCGUUCUUUUCACAUGGACUGCAUAACGAUUUUCAUAAACUGUAAAUACAGGGAAGAACCUCAGCUGCUGUCCCGUGCUUGGUAUGUAACAUUCAGGUUUAUGCAUUAAAAACAUUCGGAAAAUAUUCCUGUUACAAAUUUUAUAGCAAAGAUAUUAAUUUUUUUCAAUAAAUCUUGACUUCUACCAUA